AUGGCUCCAACGGCUACUUUCAAGGCAGCGGACGUCCUCGUACCGUUGGAAAAGGGGGCCAACUGGAAGGUCAAUGUUGUUGAGCUCUCUCCCGAGCCACCGGCCCGAUGGACCCUCGACUCAUGGCGCGACAAACCCGCUGCGCAGGCCGUCGAGUACGAGGACCCAGACGUCCUCCAGACAGUCUGCGACACAUUAAAGCACCUGCCUCCGCUCGUCAGUCCGGAGGAGGUCGAAGUCGCACGGCACGACUUUUACAACGCUGCAGUCGGAAAAGCCUUUGUCAUCCAGGGCGGCGACUGCGCAGAGAGCUUCCUCGACGUGCGACACGACAUCAUCCGACGCAAAGUCGAGCUGCUCCACGAACAGGGCCGGAUCCUGGAAGCAGCCCUGAACAAGCCCGUUCUCAGAGUCGGGCGGAUAGCCGGGCAAUUUGCGAAACCGCGCUCGAACCCGCUCGAGACGUUGCCCUCGGGCCAAGUCGUGCAUGCGUUCCGCGGACACAUCAUCAACUCGGAAGACGAGAAUGACCGCGCGCCCGAUCCAACCAGGUUGCUGGCCGGGUACUUCCACUCUGCAGUCGCGCACAAUACACUUCGCCAGCUGCAAGCUGCCGGACCCGGACCGGCCACCUUCACCUCCCACGAGGCGCUGCACUUACCUUAUGAAUCCUCGCUCUCAAGAGAAGACUACAACCUCUCCGCAACGACCAUCUGGCUCGGCGAACGCACACGCCAGCUAGAUGGCGCACAUGUUGAGUACGCACGCGGUCUUCGGAACCCGGUCGGGGUGAAGAUCGGUCCGUCUACGACGCCAGAAGAGAUCGUCGCGCUCCUGGACGUCCUCUCCCCAGACCGCAGCCCGCCGGGCAAGAUCACGCUCAUCACGCGGUUAGGCCACAAGCGCGUGCGCGCCGUCCUCCCUGCCCUCAUCCGCGCCGUGCAACUGAGCGGCCACGUACCGGUGUGGAUGUCCGAUCCAUGUCACGGCAACACGUUCACGACGGCAGACGGACACAAGACGCGCCGCGCCGGCGAUCUGCUGCAUGAGUUGAAGGACUCGUAUGCCGUGCAUCGUGAACUGGGGAGUCACCUUGGUGGGAUUCAUCUUGAGCAGACAGGGGACGCAGUGACAGAGUGCUUGGAUGAGGUCCAUGUGACCGAUCCUGAAGAUCUGGCCGAGGGCUAUACUUCGCUGUGUGAUCCGAGGCUGUCGGUUGAUCAGGCGUUGGAUGUUGUUAGGGAGUUUGCGGGGUUUGUCCAGGGGUAUCAACGUGAUCUUUAG